CCCACUACCAAUUGUUGUGUCACCACAAAACCCAAAUACUUUUCCGUCAUUUUACUGAAUUGACCUUUUGUUCUUAUCUUCUUUCGCAUUCACAAUCAUGGCGGAAUUUUCAGGUAAUGAUCCAUCCCAGGAUGGAUCUAACCCAAGACCACAGGCUCCAAGGAACAUACAUCCUUCACAGUUUGCUCGGUCUGACCAGUACCAUGAGUCCUUGGGACCCCAUUAUGAUCCAGAGACAGAUAUGUUUCUGGGCGACAGCCCACAGUCCCUCAAGCACAAAAUAGGCAGUUUUGUAGGCUCCUAUUCAAGGACGUCCAUGACCUUCAUGGCCGAAAAUUUGUCGAUACCCGUCUCUGCUACGAGACAUUUAGAGGAUGAUAACGACUUCGAUAGACAAUCAGUGAUGACCCAUUUAUCACGAUGGGAUUCAAGAAGAGAUACCUAUCCGAAUAUUGAGAUCGAGCGUCGUUCAAGUGCGGGAUCAUACGGCGUAGGAGAGUACACUCCGCUGCUGCUACCAAAGCUGGACAAAAUCCCGACUAUAUCCAUUACAUCCAUUGCUGAAGACUAUCAUUUUGAUCCGCACUCCAUUCAAGGGGCUGCUCAAAAAUCAUCGUACAUGCAAUCUGUAUUUAAUUCCAUCAACAUCCUUAUCGGCAUUGGUAUUCUGUCACUGCCCCUUGGAUUUAAGUGCGCUGGGUGGGUCGUUGGUUCCGCGGUAUUUGCAUUUUGCUGUGGCUUGACGAUGUAUACGGCCAAAUUGCUAUCCAAAUGUUUGAGUCGUGGUGAGAAUUCUCGCACCUACGGCGACAUGGGUGAUGCUGCUUUUGGCUUUCGCGGUCGUGUGCUCGUCUCUAUGUUGUUUUUGACGGAGUUGAUAACUUCUAGUGUGGCUCUCGUGGUUCUGUUAGGCGACGGUAUUCAGUCCCUCGUUCCAGGGUAUGACACAUUGGUUGUUCGUUGUAUAUCGUGGUUUAUCGUCACCCCAAUGUUAUUCCUACCUGUGAGACAGCUAUCAUACACUAGCUUGUUCGGUAUCAUCAGUGCCGCCGCCCUGUUGGUAAUUCUCAUCUAUGACGGACUUACAAAAUCGCAUGCACCUGGAAGUUUACUUGAACCUGCCGAUACAUCGAUCUGGCCAUCGGAGUGGAACACCGUUCCUCUUAGUUUUGGAUUGAUCAUGGCGGGGUUUGCGGGACAUGCUGUUCUGCCGUCAGUACACCAUGAUAUGGAGGAGCCAAAAGAAUAUAACAAGAUGGUAAAUACCACAUACGUAAUUGUUACAGCGGUAUAUGCUUUGAUGGCUUCUGCCGGUUAUGCCAUGUUUGGUUCUGCAACAAUGGAAGAGAUCACACAAAAUAUAUCAGCCACUCCUGGAUACAAUCAAGCUUUAAAUCGAUUUGCUGUUAUUCUUAUCGCUCUCAACCCAAUAGCCAAAUAUGCCUUGACGCUCAAUCCGGUCAAUUUAACCUGGGAAAUUUGGCUGUUUAGUAGUGAUAAUAUUGAUCACUUCUGCGGUGGCGAUCGCCGCAAAGUUGUGAAGGUUUUCGGCAAGAUGCUUGUCAGCGCUUUUGUAGUUACGCUUGCCUAUUUAAUACCCGGAUUCGACAAAGUCAUGGCACUUCUCGGAGCCUUCUUCUCCGUCACGAUCUCCGGUAGCUUUCCUUUGUUGUGUCACAUGAAGCUAUUCCAUGACACGAUGCCCAAAUGGGAAUUGGCGUUGAAUGUCGUCCUCUUUGCUGUAUCCGUUUCAAUGGCCAUCCUUGGUACCGCAUGGAGUUUUAUGUAAAUGAUCUUUAAUGUAAAUAAACUCUGUGUAUUCAUCAGCACACCACCCCAACUUCUUUGAAGGUUAAAAUGAAAAAAAAAAAAAAAAAAAAUUGGUGAUGAGAUUUUGAUAAUAUUUUCAAUAUGAGCGGCUAGAAUGUUGAUCGAAAUAGGGUUGGAUAUCAUCUGAAUUGUGAGAUGGAGGAAGG